AAAACAACUUUUUGUGUUUAAAAAUUAUUUAAAAUCAAGGAAGAUGUGAAUGUCAGUUCCUUAUAUCAAAAUUAUCUGUCGUCGGUCCCCAAAUUUCUGCCUCACCACAAAAUUUUUGUAAUGAUUUCAAUGUUAAGGAAUGUUUGUAAACUCAAAAUACCAACAAGAUGUGUCAGAACCCCUCAUUCUCUUCGUCCAUUGCGAAGAGUGGACAAGUCAGCAGUAGGUUUUCCCAAAUAUAGUAUAAAUUCAAGAAGUUUUAAAUCCCUUACAACUACAUCAAAUCAGAAGAAUAGUUUUAGCUUACCAACAGGUACAGUCAAUUCUAACUUUAGGCGACAUUGUCCUCAAAAGAUUAAGUUUGGACAUCCAAGAAGCGCAAAUACUGCAGAAAAGAAUAAAAGAGAUGAUAUCAGCUACGAACAAUACCUAUAUCUCAAAAAGGAGAAGCAAGAAAAAAUGUUCAAUUCAAAGGUAAACAAGUUGUGUUCAUCAUCUCAAUAUAAGAACAAAUUUCUCGAACGUUCAAGUAGUAAGCAAAAAAGGCGACAUUUUACAUCUGAAGCAAAACGAGUUCAAUAUCCCAAAUUUCCGAUCCAGCCUAAAUUUCCGCUCUACAUGGCUAAGAGGACUUAUUCUACAAAUAAAAACUGCAAAGGCUGUGCUGGUGACGAAGAUUGUUUCCAGUAUUUUCAAGAUAAACCAAUUAAAAAACCUAGUUUACUAGUACCUAGAGAACAAUUUGCCACACCAGUUACGCCAGAUUUUAGAUAUCAUAGAACUGGUUUACCUAAGAAUGUUCAGUAUGGGUUUAAUAUAAAACAAGAUAAUAAUAUUACAGUUGAUCACAAAGAAACUGAAGGUUUACCCAAGAAUGUUCAGUAUGGGUUUAAUAUAAAACAAGAUAAUAAUAAUACAGCUGAUCACAAAGAAACCGAAGAAAUAGAAAGUCAAAAUGAAUCGAAUAUUGCUGAAGUUGCUGCUGUCAAGGCAUCUAGUACCGAACCUAUACCUAAAAGUCAACUACCAACGGUUGAAGUAUGGACAACGCAAAGACCAGAUUCUAUAUUUGAAGGUAAAACUCCAGGAAAAAGAUCAGGAAUUAUAAAUAACCUGGAAGUUGAGAUAAGCAAAAAGAUGGAAAUUCUCUCUUUAAAGAAAUCUGAGAAAGGAAAUCAAUUGUCUACUACUUCAAAACCAAAAAAAGGUCCAAUUAUAAUUCAAGUAGUCAAAAAACAGACAGCUUUAAAAGAAACCUUAAAUACAAAAUCUGCUAACACACUAAAUAUGGUAUCAACAAGUUAUCAAAGCACUCCCAAUAAAAAAUCCUUAAAAGGCCAACGAAAGUCAAAAAAGUCGAAGAAACGACCAUCACAUAACAAGAAAUCUACUACUGUAGUUCAAGAAAAGUCGAAUAAUAACUCGAAUAAUAACUCUAAUAAGACUGCUACGAGAACAAGUGUUCUGGAAAACUGCCGAGGAAUUUUUAAUACUUUAUAUAGAAAAAUCAAAGGUCCUCAGAGAAGAAACGCUGGAUCAUUUAAUUUGGAACCUCCAAACAUGAUUUUUAAAGAUACAGUUUAUCCUAAAACUCCUCAAUCCCAGAGAAACCCCAAAAGUAAAGUCAGCAUAUUGUUGAAAGAUAAAUACCCAUGGAACAGCGCACAACUUCACGAAACCUUUUUAUUGCCGAAAGAUCAUCGUGAGACAGCCAAAAGGAUGUUUUCGGCAAAGACGAAGAAAAAUCCGUUUUAUCAAAAAGAUCUCAGCUACUCUACUAACACUUCGAAUAAAGAGAAAUCCACAUCUUGUAAAGUAAAAUAUCCAUGGAACUUAGCCACAGAUCAAAUAGAAAAUACUAAGUCUUCCCGAAUAGUUUAUUGCAAUCCUAACAAUAUUAGUGCAACGGAACCAGAUCUACCCAAAAUGGAACAUAUCGAGCAAAGAAGUCCUUUGGUUGUCUGCAGAAUUAUAGAAAAUAGGUCUUUUGAAAAGGAGAAUAAUAAUUGUCAAAAUAGCACAUCAAAGAAAAAAGAAGAAACACCGACUCUUUCGUUUAGUGCUUGUACUAAUAACGUAAUGAUUGACAAAGGUAUUCCAAAUGCCCCAAACAGAGAAAUUUCUAAUUUCAAUCUUGCAGGGGAGACAUGUACAAAUACUUCCAAAAGCUCAGAAGUAAAGGACACAACUCUCAAAAUAAAAAUACCCGAUCCUCCAUUAAGCACUUGUACCAAAAAUGUUACCCAGGCAAACCAAGAUUCCCAUGAAAAAAACAUUUUAAAUCUUCUAGAUGAUUGCCAAAACUUUUGUAAAAGUACUUGCACCAAAAACUCCACUGGCCAAACACAGCAGGACUUCAGUAAAAAAGAUAUUCAAAAUAUACUAGACACUUGCAACAGUAUUUCCAAACCCACUGAAAUAAAAAAAGCAACUACUAAAAUAGAAAUACCAGAUCCCCCGUCAAGUACUUGUACCAAAAGUGUCGUUGGUCAGAUUAAACAAGAUGUUCUACUAGAUAAAUGUAAAAAUGUUUUCCAAACAACUGAAACAAACGAACUGACUAGCAAAAUAGAAAUACCGGAUCCUCCAAUAAGUACUUGCGCCAAAAGUGUCAUUGGUCAAAUGAAACAACAGUCAAAUAAUAAAGAUAUUCUAAAUAUACUAGACACAUGUAAAACUAUUCCCAAAAGUACCGAAAUAAAGGAACACAACAUUAAAAUACAAAUACCAGAUCCUCCUUCAAGUACUUGUACUAAAAAUGCUGUUGCACAAAUAAAGAACGACAUUCUAACAGAUGUAUGUAAAAGCGUGCCUAAACCAGCUGAAACAAAAGAACUAACCAGUAAAAUUGAAAUUCCAGAUCCCCCAAAAAGUACUUGCACUAACAGUGUCAUUGGCCAAACGAAACAACAGUCAAAUAAUAAAGAUAUUCUAAAUAUACUAGACACAUGUAAAACUAUUCCCAAAAGUACCGAAAUAAAGGAACACAACAUUAAAAUACAAAUACCAGAUCCUCCUCCAAGUACUUGUACUAAAAAUGUCGUUGCACAAAUAAAGAACGACAUUCUAACAGAUGUAUGUAAAAGCGUGCCUAAACCAGCUGAAACAAAAGAACUAACCAGUAAAAUUGAAAUUCCAGAUCCCCCAAAAAGUACUUGCACUAACAGUGUCAUUGGCCAAACGAAACAACAGUCAAAUAAUAAAGAUAUUCUAAAUAUACUAGACACAUGUAAAACUAUUCCCAAAAGCACUGCAACAAAAGCCACUAUUAAAAUAGAAAUACCAGAUCCUCCAUCAAGUACUUGUACUAAAAGUGUAGUAAGCCAGAUGAAAGAUGCAUGUAAAAGUGAUUUCAAAGUUACUGGAACAAAAGAGCUAACUGUAAAAAUAGAAAUACCAGAUCCCCCAUCAAGUACUUGUAGCAAAAGUGUCAUUGGCCAAACGAAACAACAGUCAAAUAAUAAAGAUAUUCUAAAUAUACUGGACACAUGUAAAACCAUUCCCAAAAGCACUGAAACAAAACCCGCUAUUAAAAUAGAAAUACCAGAUCCCCCAUCAAGUACUUGUACUAAAAGUGUUAUAAGCCAGAUGAAAGACGCAUGUAAAAGUGAUUUCAAAGUUACUGGAACAAAAGAGCUAACUGUAAAAAUAGAAAUACCAGAUCCCCCAUCAAGUACUUGUAGCAAAAAUGUCAUUGGCCAAAUUACACAAGAGACAAAUAAAAAAGAUAUUCUAAAUAUAUUAGACACAUGCAAGACUAUUUCCAAAAGCACUGGAACCAAAAAAUCUACUUAUAAAAUAGAUAUACCAGAUCCUCCACCAAGUACCUGUACCAAAAGUGUCGUCAGCCAGAUAAAUGAUACAUGUAAAAGUAUUCGGAAAACUUCUGAAAUAGAAGGCCUAACUAGUCAAAUACAAAUACCAGAUCCUCCAUCAAGUACUUGCACCAACAAUGUUGUUGGUCAAAUAAAACAAGAUUCCGAUCAAAAAAAUAUUGUAAGUAUACUAGGUACGUGCAAAACUAUUCCAGAGGGUACUAAAACAAAAGAACCAACUAUUAAAAUAGAAAUACCAGAUCCUCCAUCAAGUACUUGUAGCAAAAGUGUUGUUGGUCAGGUAAAGCAAGAUUCGAAUAAGAAUGAUGUUCUUAAUGUAAUGGACACAUGUAAAACUGUAACCGAAAGUACUGUAAGAAAAGAGUCACCUAUUAAAAUAGAAAUACCAGAUCCCCCAUCAAGUACUUGUGCAAAAACCGUUGGUGACCAGGUAAAGCAAUAUUCUGAUAAGAAAGAUAUUCUAGGUAUAACCGGCACAUGCAAAACCGUUCCCACAGCCACUGUAACGAAAGAGUCAGCUAUGAAAAUAGAAAUACCGGAUCCCCCAUCAAGUACUUGUACAAAAAGUGUUGGUAAGCUAAAGCAAAAUUCUGAUAAAAAAGAUAUUCAAAACGUAAUAGACGCAUGCAAAACCGUUCCCACAAUCACUGCAAAGAAAGAGGCAUCUAAUAAAAUAGAAAUACCAGAUCCUCCACCAAGUACAUGUACUAAAAGUGCUAUGAAUCGGGCAAAAAUAACAUGUACCAAUCAAUCAGACAUUGGUAUCGAAAAUGCAGAGGGUCCCUAUCGUUCCAAACAUCAACUUUGUAACGAUUCAAGAACUGAUGAAUAUUCAAAUGGUCCCUAUCGUUCCAUACAGCAAGUUUGUAAAAAUUCCCGGAGUUCUUCAAAGGAACCUACAUUAGCUAGUUCAUCAAAUUCGAAUUCCUCUAAGAACUGUAGUACGACCAAGGAUAAACCCAAAACUAAUCAGGAACCAAAAUGUAACAAUAAGGAGACAAAAAAAGAACAAAACCGAAGUAUGUGUACUGGAACAAAAAAGGAAGAAGUUAAAAAAUCGUCCAGUUGUAAUGAAUUAAAAAAAUCGCUAAAUUGUUCUUCAUCUAAAACGAAAGUAUCAAACUACGAGAAACCCAAAGAAGUCUUGUGUAAUCCAUGUCCGACUAUUAAGACUAAAGAGUCAAAAGAAACAAAAAAAAUUAGUUGUAGAGAAAAAUGUAUAGAAGAAAGAAAAAAGAAAAAAGAGGAGGUACCGAAAGAAUCAAAAUGCAAAAACCAAAAAGAGAACAAAAAACAGGAAGUGGCUAAAAAUUGUAAUAAAUCAAACAAGUGUGAAGACAAAAAUAAAAAAGUAGACAUACAGGCGGUAAAAGUACAAGAUACAUGUGGAAUGGUCUCCAAAAAUCCAUCCAAAAAAUCAAAAAGUACAACUAAUAUCUGUAAUAAGAAAAACACUAAAAAGUCAGAUAGUACAGAAACAUUAAACCCUAACAAAAAAGCAAAAAACUUAGUUGAUAAUUCUACAAAUCCUUAUUGCAGCGAAAACCGGCAACCUUUUCCUCAGACAAGAAUUCUCAAACACAAUGAUCUGUGUGCAUUUAAAAAACCACACAUUUUAACAGAAACCGAAGAUUUUGACCCUAAUAAGAAAGCCACAAAUUUAUUGUUAAAGUCAACAAGUACCCCUAGCGAGUGCGAUAAGAGAUAUAAUGAAAGUAAGUUUGAUACUAAACCAACUGAUAGUAACGCUAAAAAAACUUCCCCAAAAUAUAGGAGUUGUGUCAACAUAAAAGCUAACCGUAAAGAAACAAAACCUACCACAUGUGAAAACAAAAGUUCCAAAAAACAAGAUUGUAAAGCACAAGUAAAUACAUGUACAGAUUCCAAGAAAAAAAAUGCAUGCCAAACAAAAGAUGUCAAACGUACUGAGUCGGAAAAUUCUAUAAAAACCUGCACAAAUAAAGAUCUAUCCAAAGAAGACAUACGUAAAAGAGGAAUUUGUUCCGACAUAAAAAGGCCUGACAUGUGUCAGCCAGUGAAAUUGGAAAUGAAAGAAAAUAUAGGAGCUGAUUGUUCAUCUAAGAAGAAGAAGGUGGAAUCAAAGAAGGAAUGUUCACAACCUAAACAAGUGGAAAAAUGUGAUCAGCUAGUCAAGGAAUUUCUUAAUAAAUCUAAAGGAGAAGGCGAUAAGAAAAUGGAUGUAAAAACGGAUUAUUUAGAGCCUAAAAAGGAAAGUAUUAAACCUAAAGAAUCAAAGAAAGAAAACUGUGAUCAAUUAAUAAAGGACGCUCUUUGUAAAUCAAAAGGUGAGAAAAAGGCGGAUAAGAAAAUUGAUUCAAAAACGGAUUGCUCAAAACCUAAAACAGAUGAUCCAAAACUUAAAAAAGCAGUUAACUGUGACGAGUUAGUGAAAGAGUUUCUUCUGAAAACCAAAAGUGAUUAUGUCCCUAAGUCUAAAAAAGCCGGUAAGAAAACGGAUUCAAAAAAAGAUUGCUCAAAGUCUAAAACGAAAUGUGCAACACCAAAACAAUCAGAAAAAUGUGAUCGGUUAGUCAAAGAAUUUCUUCUUAAGUUAAAAGGUGGGAAAAAGGGAGAAGAAAAAAUGGAUUCCAAGAAGGAUUGUUCACGACCUAAAACAGAAUCUCAAAAAGCAGAUAAAUGUGAGCAAUUGGUCAAAGAGUUUCUUAGUAAAUCAAAACAUUUAGGUGAUUUUACAUCUAAGCGGAAAACAAGCCAAAAGAAAAAAGAUUCAAAAAAGGAUUGUUCGCAAUCUAAAGAGAAAUGUGCAACACCAAAACAAUCAGAAAAAUGUGAUCAAUUGGUCAAGGAGUUUCUUCUUAAAUCGAAAGGUGGAUUUAAAUCAGGUAACAACCCUGGAGCGCCAGCUGCCCCUGUAUGUUCUGGGAAAUCCAAUAUUCCAGGUUCGUCUAGUGUUAAACGUCGUCCUGAUAAAACAGCAUCACCACCUUCUACCAAUUUAAACAGAUACCAACUUCUCAAAUCACCUAAUGCUGAAUCAACGAAGAUAACUACACAAAACAAUAAAAAUAAUUCGAUAGAUCUAUCCAACCCAUCCACAAUUUUGGAUUUAACAAACGAGGUCCAUAAAACUAGGGAGAUGUUACCGUUAGACCAAAUAUCCCAACCAAAAAAAUCUAAUGCUAGGCCUAGUACUGCUUACCAUGUAGCAAAUACUUCAAAAAGUACUGGUAGAGAAUCAACAAGUGCAUCUGAACUUACGAAACAUACAGAUAAAGAAGCAGAUAAUGUAUAUAACAAAUAUCAAAAAUUAACUCUUGAUAUUUUCCAGCCAUUUAAAGCUGUAGAUCAAAUUAAUUCAUCAAAAGAUUCCAAAAUAGUUAAAACUGAAAGCACCUUUCCAUGUACAAGUAAAUUUAAUCCACCAAGCAAAGAAAUCCUAAAAAAUCAGACGGAUAAGAUGACUAAUGAAGUAAAAACCCCAUUACCUUUAAAACCCCAAAGAUCCAAGUCUACACCUUCAAUAACUAUUAACGCUAGUAGUCACACGACAAACAAACAACAAAUAAACGAUCAUCCUAUAUUUGAAUAUGAACGAUGUAAAGAAAAUGAAACCAGCUCUUUGCCUCUUUUUAAAGAAACUGAAAAUUCCAAAAAAACAAAACCCAAAACGUUUUCUAUAAGUUCACUUAAACCCAGAGUAUUUGAUCUUAUAGACGACAAAGAUUUGUUUGUUUGCAAAAUCCAAAAACUAUCUGAACCAUCAGGAAAAGUUUUAAGAACUUUACAAUGCAAACUUAUUAAAGAUGAGUACGGUAGGGAUGUUUUUGUUUGUAAUGAUGUGACCGAUGUAUCAGAUGAAAAUGGAAACGUGAAAAAAUCAUAAGGAGAUAAGAUUCAUUCUUCAAACGGAUAUGAUAUUACAUCUAGCAUUCUUGGACACACUUAAAAUUAUUAAUAAUUAGAUGAAAAGGUAUUUCCAUGAUACCCAAAUGUAGAGGAGAAUUAGGAGUUAUUUCCAAGAUCAAGUAUUAGAGUUUAAAGUUUGAAGUUAUGACCUGCUUUUGAAUGAAGUCUCUGGUACUAUCAAUGUGGACUGCGGUAAUAGUUUUGUUGAUUUAAACUUGUGUCUUUUGGUAUCGUUUUUACCGUCAAACUUUAAAAUAUUGUAGCCGUUGUUAAUAUUAGAAAAAAAUUUUUAAAAAAUAUAAAAAAAAAAUAAAAAAUAAAGUUUAUUUAGGAGUCUGACAAAAUUUAUAAAUUAUUUUUAAUAAAAUGUCUCAUACUU